AUGACUAUCGAGAAAGACUUGACGACAGAGCGACCACAAUGGAUUCUUUCUGCGUAUGGUCCUGGCCGGGACGCACCCGAGCAGCUAUUCGGAGGCAGUGCUCGAGAACAGAGCUUCGAGGAGAUGCGACUGCAUCACGUACUGGCAGCGUCCAAAGGCAGUCCACAGCAGGCACUCAACGAAGCGCAGCAAUUAUAUCAACAAGCCGAGCAGCAGAUCCAGACGACGGUCGGAAAUCUCGACGGUGCGAUACAGUUCAUCAUUGGCGCUGGAAACAAUCAUCCGAAUCGAAUCGACAUCUGCAAACAAAACACACUGCCCGGCGGCACCACUGGCGAAUUCCUUAAGGGAAAUAGGGCUCAAUCUUCCUUUUCGCAGGCCAGCCCCUUUCAGUCUAAUUCCGGCACCAACUCCUCGAACCCAUUUUCAAGCAGUGCACAAUCCUCUUCUGCAUUCGGUGGCAACACUCCAUCUUCUAACACUAGUAACCCAUUCGGCCAAGCACAUAACUCUGGUGCUAGCACCUUUGGACAGCCCUCGAGUACCAGUGCCUUUGGGCAGCCCAAUGCACUCGGCCAGAAGCCCAGUCCCUUUGGUACGCCCGCGUUUGGACAAGCUUCGCAACCGACGUCAGCGUUUGGACAGCCACCGCCAACUACUUCAGCAUUUGGAAAGCCAGCGUUUGGCCAGCCGGCUCGACCUACUCCAGCUUCCAGCCAGCCAGGCCAGCCCCCGACGACAUCAGCGUUCGGACAGGCGUCAGCAUUAGGCCAAAAGCCCAGCCCAUUUGGGGCACCAGCGUUCGGGCAGGCGUCGCAGCCAGCGGGAGGCUCCGGUGCUUUUGGUCAGACGAGCACAUUAGGACAGAAGCCGAAUCCAUUUGGGAACCCAAGUACGUCAAGUCCAUUCGGCGCGGCGGCGAACAACUCCAACUCGAACACCACGGCAAGUCCAUUUGGAGGCACUGUCAAGCCAGCAAGUCCUUUCGGCGGACAGAACCAGCAAGGUGCUUCGCCUUUCGGCGCACCAUCCCAAACUGCUGUGUCUAAUCCUUUCAGCCCAUCACCGCAGCCUGCGACUUUGAGCCCGUUUGGACAGCCGACGAAAUCAGUGACGGCCAGCCCUUUCGGACAACCUGUCCAAGGUACUGGUGCAAGUCCUUUUGGCCAGCCUGCGCAGCAGCCCGCAGUGAGCCCCUUCGGACAACCGACGCAGCCUGCAACGACCAGUCCGUUUGGCCAGUCGGCUCAGCCAUCUGUCCCCACAGCAAACAGCCCGUUCGGUCAGUCCUCACAGUCUAGCGGAGCGCCAGCAGCAACUCCCUUCACGCAGGCAAGCCAUCCAUCUCCAUUCGGCCAAGCCUCAAGCACGACAGGCAACCCACCUUCCUCUAAUCCUUUCGGCGGCUCUAACAACGGGGUUCAAGCUGCAAAACCAGCAGCGGCAGUGGCAGGCAGCGGCGGAGGCGCAGGCCCAUAUCCGCCAGGAAGCUCCAAACAGCAUCCUGACUUAUCAUCUUACGCCACCAAGAAUAUGGACGGUCAGCUGGCACAGUGGAACGGCAAGACAGUCACAUAUCAAGACGGCCGUCCAGGGACAAGAGCAUUUAACGGGUCCUGGACAAGAAUAUGGUUUCCCGACGGAGCACCAGCGUACUACAAAGACACUGAGCUUCCCGUCGAGGCUUAUGAUGAGAAGUCAAAGGCACAAUGGCAGUCUUUUGCUCAAACAGGUCGUUUUGAGGGAGGCCUGAUGCCCGAAUUGCCUCCUAUGCGGGAAGCAUGUUUAUGGAAUAUAUAA